GAAACCAGACCCAGGUGCUGCCCCAGUGCAACAACUCCCUGUCUGAACCAGCAGGCUCUGCGGCCUCAGAGGAGAGCGCCCCCUACUGCUCAGACAGCAGACAGCUCCGCCUGGUGGACGGGGGCGGUCCCUGCGCCGGGAGAGUGGAGAUCUUUGACCAAAGCUCCUGGGGCACCAUCUGUGAUCACGGCUGGGACCUGGACGAUGCCCACGUGGUGUGCAGGCAGCUGGGCUGUGGAGAAGCCCUAAACGCCACGAGGUCUGCUCACUUUGGGGCGGGAUCAGGGCCCAUCUGGCUGGACGACCUGAACUGCACAGGAAAGGAGUCCCAAGUGUGGAGGUGCCCUUCCCGAGGCUGGGGGCAGCACGACUGCAGACACAAGCAGGACGCGGGGGUCAUCUGCUCAGAGUUCCUGGCCCUCAGGAUGGUGAGUGAGGACCACCAGUGUGCUGGGUGGCUGGAAGUUUUCUACAACGGGACCUGGGGCAGUGUCUGCCGCAGCCCCAUGGAAGACAUCACCGUGUCCAUGAUCUGCAGACAGCUUGGCUGUGGGGACAGUGGAACCCUCAACUCUUCUCUUGCUCUUAGAAAAGGUUCUAGACCCCAGUGGGUGGAUGGAAUCCGGUGUCGGAAAACUGACAUCUCUCUCUGGCAGUGUCCUUCUGACCCUUGGAAUUACACUUCGUGUUCUCCAGAGGAGGAAGCCUACAUCUCGUGUGCAGGUGACUUACUGUUUCUGUGUGUCUGUCCCAACCCUGUAGGAUGCAGUGAGAUUUGAUAUUUUAAAAUCUAAGUGGUGAGUUUAAUUUGGGUCCACAAAAUGACAUUAAGUUAAAAUGUUAGUUGUUCAAUCAUGUCCGACU